UACAAAUAAUUGUAAUUGAUUAAGCUGAUGCUGAAAAACGUGGUGCAAAGAAUCAACAAACAACAAUAAUGAAUGAUCUCUGUAAAUUAAUACCAAGACCUGUACCACCUUUCUGGCAUUGACACAUUUUAAUAAGAACUCCAUCUUUUUCUUAACCAUUACUCUCCUAAAUUUCUAGAUAGAUUUUCCCACUAAACCCAAAAACAAUGGUCAAACUUUUUUCAUCCCACAUUUUCUUAGCCCUUUUUUCAAUAAUUGUCUUCCAAGCUUCAUCUGAAUCUCUUCCUUCUGGUCAACCUACACUGCCUCUUCUAUCUCUAAGGAUCAAGCCUAAUCUGACUUCUGCUUCGACCUGCAAUUUUAAAGUUCAAAUAAGUACAAGUUGCUCUUCAGUCAAAUACACCAGAGAUCAAAUUAGUCUUUCUUUUGGGGAUGCUUAUGGAAAUCAGGUGUAUGUACCAAGGAUUGAUAAUCCAUCUUCUCGCGCUUUUGAAGCGUGCUCCACGGAUACAUUUGACAUAAAUGGUCCAUGUACAUACGAUGUAUGCUAUGUCUACCUGUACAGGCGAGGAAAUGAUGAAUGGAAUGUGAAGAAUGUUCGUAUUUCCAGCCGGUAUAUAAGGACUGUAACAUUCAAUUACAAUGCAUGGAUACCAAAGAAUAUUUGGUACGGCUUCAAUUACUGCAAUGGUGCAUUUGCCUCUUCGUUAAUGUAGAAGCAGCAAAGACGAAGAUGAAUAAAUGAGCUUUCGUGUUAUCUUUCAAGUACUCCUACUUUUAUGUUUCAUGUUACAGUUGUAUUGAAUUCUUUCUUGGCUACCUUAUUGGAAUGGAGAACCUAGCGAUUGUUAUAAUACAAUACAAUACAAAGCAUUAUACACUGCAUAUAAAUCGCUCUGUAUGUUCUCUUGAAUUUGCUACUUAACAUAAAUCGAUAUGUGUUUUUAAUUUGUAGUGUUGCAAAUGCACGGGGACAAAGGGAGUAAUUCAUAUGCGCUGCUGCAUUCUGCUUUGGUUCCUUUGAUUUAUAGGUUCCUUCCAUUGCUAUGCUUUGGAUUAAUGGCAAACAAAGGUAGCCCUUCUUAAUCGGCCUGCUUUAAUUUGAAAAUUCAGCUCAUUUUUUAUCAAGUGAGGUCUACAAUAGCAUAAAAACCAACACCAGCUAUACUCGGACUCUUCAUUUCAUUUCAAGUAUAUGUCUAAGCGACUCUUUCAUACGCUUGAUGCUUUAUUUUUUAUAAAUUGUUUCGAGCCUGAUUGUUUUUGAAUUACCAUGUCUUAUAUUGGCUACACAACUGCUGAAGUCCGAGUAUAUAUUAUUGGUUGUAUAUAAUAAUAUAAUGAUUGAUCUGUAGAAGAAGUUUAAUUUGCAAUUUUGGAAUCCCUGCAUGGAAAUGAACUAUGACGCUUGACCAAGGAAACCAUAGAAUGGCCUGGUCUCUGCUGCCAAUCCCAAGCUUCUUUCUAGAGAGCUAGUCUAAAUAAAAACGUUGAUUUGUAAUAUUGGCAAAUUUAUCCUUAUAUGGAAGAAUUUGAUAGGGGGCAUUUAUGAUUU